AUGUCAGUUAAAUCAGGAACAGAAGUACAACUCUACUAUGGAGAUAAGUAUGAAGUAAAUCUCGAGCAAUAUUACUCCAACAAAACACUUACAAAGUUAGACCGUGUUAAAGACAGUUUGCGAGGAACAUAUAGCAAUUGUUGUUAUCACUUGGUUGAUUCAUGCAAUGGCUUAGUUUGUAUUCAGUCGUAUAACGGCCAACUCCCUACUUUUGGUGGUAUUUGCAAUCCAGUGACAGGAGAAUGUCUUUUUCUUCCUGGCUUAAGAGAACCAAAAUAUCCAGGGUGGCGACAUGUGGGAUUUGGAUACCUACCUUCCACCAAUGAGUACAAGGUUGUCAGAUGCACUUACAAUGGUGCUCGGAAGGGACAUGUGGAAGUAUAUACUCUUGGCUCUCAAAGUGGGUGGAGAAGAAAAGAAAACAUCCCUUACAGAUUCUAUUCCUCGGGUCUCUUGGCUAACGGAGCAAUUCAUUGGAUUGGCGAGACAGGCCAACCAGGAGCACAACAGGUGUAUAAGAUUGUCGCCUAUGAUUUAGUGGAUGAGAAGUUCAAGUACGUCUUAUCACUACCCUUUAGUAAUUUUAAGCGAUACGAUGGUAGAAGACUCGUGUUGUUAGGCGGAAACUUGUGUGCAGUUCACUAUAUUGGCUGCCGAGAUAAAAUCCUAGUAUGGGCACUUAAAAAGAGGAUUGAGAAUACAAGAAUAUUGCAACCCAAAGUGACACGAGAGGGGUACUACAACCAUGAGUGGGGUUGGAGUGAAGAGUUCAGUAUGACAAUCAACCAUGAGCCAAUGAAUUAUUGGUACAUGCCAUUUGCUAUUACAAAGAACAAUGAAAUUUUAUUAUGGCAUGAACAUAGGCAAGAAGUAUAUUGCUAUGAUAAUAAUUCAUCAACCUUCACUAAGCUUUGGGAGGACGAUGGUAAGGGUUCUUCAUGUGUUCAAGCAAUUCCUCACAUGAAUACUCUUGUUUCUUUAAAAGAUCUUGGAGAAUGUUGUGGUGAUGAUGAUGUGACUUCAGCUGAUGAUGAGAAUUCCAAGAUCUCGAAACAGUGUAAAAAGAGGAAGUGCUAG